ACAACAGGUGCCCCGGGCCGGGGCUGGAUCUAUGGACUGUCUGAGUACAAUGUGCGCCUCAAGUCGACGUUGGAGAACUACCAGACCGCGCGCAAGCACGGCGGAAACUUUAUUCUCCUGCCGCAUGACCUCUGGGGAACGGACCAUGCCAACUCGUCCACGCACUGGCCGUACGUAGAGCACCCGAGACUGCCACUCCGCAUAUGAACUCAAUCGUUCUGACUUGAUCAGGGGCGACAACAACGACUGGCGCGACUACGACGCCUUCCUGGACCGUCUGUUCAGCGACCUCAAAGCGAACGACAUGCUGGGCGGCUUGGUCUACGACAUCUGGAACGAGCCGGACAUCAGCAUCUUCUGGCAGCGGUCCCAGCAGCAGUGGCUGGACCUGUACGUGCGCACGCACAAGCGCAUCCGCCAGGACCCCGCCCUCGCCCGCAUGCUCAUCUCAGGACCGACGCUGGCCUACCGGCCAACCGCCACCAACACCUGGUGGACCGCCUGGCUCUCCGCCAUCCGCGGCAACGACACCAUCCCGGACCAGUACGCGUACCACCUCGAGGGCGGGACCACCGACGCCGACAACGACCUGCAGUACACCAACGCCUCCCUGGCGGCCCUGCUGAGCCAGCACGGCCUGCCGCCACCGCGGCAGGUCAACAUCAACGAGUACGCCAACUCCGCCGAGCAGGUGCCCGCCGGCGCGGCCUGGUGGAUCGCCCGCCUCGAGCGCUACGACGCCGUCGGCCUGCGCGGCAACUGGAUGGGCGGCUGCAUGCUGCACGACCUGUUCGCGAACCUGCUGACGCGGGGCGGCGGCGACGCGCAGACCUGCGCGGCCACCGACUACGCGCCCGCGCCCGAGUACUGGGUGUACCGCUACUACGCGCACAACAUGACGGGGCAGCGGGCGGCGACGGCCGGGUCGGGCGAUCGCGUGUUUGAUGUGUACGCGACGGUUGAGGGGGGUGAUCGAGGAGGGGUGGUGCGGGUGCUGGCGGGCGCCAGGGUGGCCACGGGGACGUGGUAUGUCACGGUCGGCGGGCUGCAGCCGGCGGCGGGGACCGUCGCGGUGCGGACGCUGGCCUUCCGUGGCGGGAGCAGCGUGUACGCGGUCGCGGGCGCGCCGCAGGAUCUCGGGGUCGUGAGGCAUCAGUAUAGCGGUGGGGAGGUGACGCUGGCCGUGCAGCAGACGGAUAACUCGACGGCGUGGGCGUUUGAGUUGACGAGAGAGUGAGCGGAAAAGGGGGUGGCGUGACGCGUAACCGCCGCGGGGACUGGCAACGGAUACCGCGGGACGUCGGGGUUCUAUGCGAUGUAGAUAACUGCAACUCUUGAGAAGGGGAGAGACUCGAAGAGGAGUUCCACCAUAAACUGUACUUGCACGGAAGAAGACCUCGCUCAGCCUGUCCCGUAGCAAUCCGACUCUGCGACAUCGAC